AUGACUGUUAUUUUCCCUAUUGAGACGCACGACCAAAGAGCGGUGCUGGGCUCUGCCCUCGCCUUCUCUAUUCUGGCCACCAUCGCAACGUGCUUGCGCCUGGUGGCCCACCAGAUUGCGCAUAAGAGUUGGACCCCGAGUGACUAUUUCAUUAUUGCCGCUUGCAUCUUCGGCGUCGGUCUCCAAUCCAUCAGUAUCACUGGCGUGUUCCAAGCCGGCAUUGGGUACGGCCAUGUCAUGCAGAUCGUGGAGACCUAUGGACCGGGACCCAUCACCAAACUGCUACAGCUGAUCAUCCCGCUUCAGUUUCUCUGGGUUCUGAGCCUGAGUUGCACCAAGGUCUCUAUCCUACUCCUCUACAUCCGCAUUUUCCCUGUCACUUGGGUCAAGGGGAUUGCAUGGUCGACAAUGGGUGUGAUCGUGGCCUGGGCCAUUGCGACAAUUUUGGCUGGGUGUCUGAUCUGCCGGCCGUUCGCCUUCAACUGGGACCAGACCAUCCCUGGAGGUCACUGCGGAGAUCAGGUCGCGUCCUUCACGGCGACAGGUGUUAUCAAUCUCGUCACCGACGUGGUUGUGCUGGCGACUCCUAUGCCCUUGCUGUAUCGGCUGCAGAUGGCUAGAUACAAAAAGAUGACCCUGAUCACUGUCUUCGGAUUGGGAAUAGUAACCUGCAUCAUCAGCGCUCUCCGCAUCUCUGUGCUAUCCACAAUGAACUUCGCCGAUAUCACAUACACGAUUCCCCGCGCCAACAUCUUCAGCGGCGUUGAGCCCUGUCUCGCUGUUACGCUCGCCUGUGUUCCUAUGAUGCGUCCCCUGCUGGGACGCUCAGUAUACUCACCGGAGGGAUCAGGCCGGACGCCUGUCAAGGCGUCAAAACAAUCUACAGGGUCUAAGCCCCCUGAUAGUGACGGAUUCCAGCCGCUGAAGGAUGAGUCGAGGCAGCUGUGGCUGCGGCCGAUGGGACCGAAGUACCAUGUCGGGGUCGCUGUUCAGGACCGUGAGAGCCAGGAAUCACUCGCUAGAGAAGCUAGGCUUGAGGAACAGAUGUCGCCAGGCAAUGGAGGAAUAUCGGUGAAACAGGAAUGGGAUGUGCGAGGCUAG